GUGCGUGAAUACAGCUACAUGUCGUAAACUGAAAUUGGCGCCAUCUAAUCUUUCUGACCUAGCUUUUCCUUCACUUUGUUGAUUAAUCGACCGACUUCGUAGGGAUGUUUAUGAGUAAAUAAAUAGACUUGUCAGUGAGAUAAAUAAACAUCAAUAGAACAUUGUUAUAUUAUAUAUGGAUUAUCAGUAUUUAUAUAAUUAAUUGUUAUAUUUAGUAAUCAUAGAUAUGAAAAAAAUUACUUGUUUCCACCAUGUAUAUUAUAUCCUGUUAAUUGUGCAAUUUUCAAGUAGCCUUCAUCGUAAUUUAAAUUAUUAUGAAACUUUACAUCCAUCUAAAUUACAACAUAAAAUUAUUAAACGAGGAACUCAACAUAGUUAUCAUCCCUAUAACAAAAUAAACGAAGUUGAAUUUUAUGCUCAUGGACGUCAUUUUAGACUAAUUCUUACUCCAAGAAAACACGUAAUUCAUUCCAAAUUCAAAGCCUAUGAAAUCAAUGCUGAUGGAGAAGAAAAAACAGUACAUGUAGACCAUGAAACUUUUUAUCAUGGUAGAGUUUUUGGAGAACUAGAUUCUCAUGCACAACUUCAUAUCGAUGAUGGAGUUUUAACAGGAAGUAUAACUAUUUCUGAUGAGUUUUAUCAUAUUGAACCAGCUUGGAGGCAUCUUCCUCACUUGGAUAAUUCUUCAAUGAUUAUGUACAAAGCAUCUGACGUUAAAUUUAGCUGGGAGCAUGUACAGAAUGGCGAAGGACAUACUCAUGGAGUUCCAAAAACUUGCGGUUACGUUAAAGAAGAACAUUCUAAUGAAGACGAGGAAGAUGAUGAUGAUGAUGAUGAUGAUGAUCAAAUAGAAAUAGAAGAAGAAGUUACAAGUCAUAAUAGAAGUAAAAGACAAACAGAAACAUACGAGUAUACUCCUACAAAAACACGUUGCCCUUUGCUUCUUGUGGCAGAUUAUCGCUUUUAUCAAGAAAUGGGUGCUAGUAGUACAAAAACAACUAUAAAUUACUUAAUUAGUCUCAUUGAUAGAGUUCAUAAGAUUUAUAAUGAUACUCUCUGGCAGGAUCGUCUAGAACAAGAUGGGUUCAAAGGCAUGGGAUUCGUCAUUAAAAAAAUUGUUGUUCACAGUGAACCAACAAGAGUUCGAGGUGGAGAUACACAUUAUAAUAUGGUUAGAGAAAAGUGGGAUGUUAGAACAUUACUAGAAGUUUUUAGUCGAGAAUAUAGUCACAAAGAUUUUUGUUUAGCUCAUUUAUUUACUGAUUUAAAAUUCGAAGGUGGUAUUUUGGGUUUGGCGUAUGUUGGAUCACCAAGAAGAAAUUCUGUUGGAGGUAUAUGCACUCCUGAAUACUUUAAAAAUGGAUACACUCUUUAUUUAAAUUCUGGAUUAAGUUCUAGUCGAAAUCAUUAUGGCCAAAGAGUAAUAACGAGGGAGGCUGAUCUCGUAACAGCUCAUGAAUUUGGUCAUAAUUGGGGAUCUGAACAUGAUCCUGAUGUUACCGAAUGCAGUCCAAGUGCAAGUCAAGGUGGAUCUUAUUUAAUGUAUACGUAUAGCGUCAGUGGUUACGAUGUAAAUAACAAAAGGUUUUCUCCGUGUAGCCUAAGAUCAAUAAAAAAAGUUCUUCAAGCCAAAUCUGGAAGGUGUUUUUCAGAACCUGAAGAAUCAUUCUGCGGAAAUUUAAGAGUAGAAGGAGAUGAAGAAUGUGAUGCUGGAUUGUUAGGUACUGAAGAUAAUGAUAAUUGUUGCGAUAAGAAUUGUAAAUUAAGAAGAAAUCAGGGCGCAGUAUGUAGUGAUAAGAAUUCUCCAUGUUGUCAAAAUUGUCGUUUUAUGCGAGAGGGCACAAAGUGUCGAGAUGCUCAGUAUGCGACAUGUGAACAAGAAUCUAGAUGUACGGGUACAUCUAGUGAAUGUCCACGAUCACCUCCAAUGAAAAAUGGAACAAGUUGUUUGGAACGUGGUCAAUGUAGGCUUGGAAAAUGUGUGCCAUACUGUGAAACUCAAGGAUUACAAAGUUGCAUGUGCGAUACAAUUGGAGAUGCUUGUAAACGAUGCUGUAGGAUGAAUUUGAAUGAGACAUGUUUCCCUAUCGAUCCUCCAGAUAUUUUGCCAGAUGGUACACCUUGCAUUCAAGGAUUUUGUAAUAAGGGAGUUUGUGAGAAGACCAUUCAGGACGUUGUAGAACGAUUUUGGGACAUAAUCGAAGACAUCAAUAUAAAUAAAGUAAUUAGAUUUUUAAAGGAUAAUGUAGUUGGAGCCGUUAUUAUCAGUACUGCAAUAGUAUGGAUUCCUGCCAGCUGUGUUGUUAGUUAUAUUGAUAGCAGGAGAAUUAGAGAAAAUGAAAAAAAAUAUCGUUGGAAAAAUGCUGAAGAACUAAUUCAUCCUGAUGAUCAAAGACAAGUAAUCUAUAUUGGUAUAUCACGACCACGAUUAGAGCAACAACCGCUACCGCAACAGCAACAGCAACCGCCACAACAAAAAGUUAAAGGAACAUCAUAAACACAAUCAUUGCAGUUGGAAUAAAAAAAAUAGAGAUAAUUUAUUCAACGUUCUAGUCAAUUUUUGUGAAGAAUUUAAUUAAGUAAAUAGUGUUUAAUAUGUGGGUUAAAUGUGUUCAUCUUUGAUUGUUGUUUUUAUAUCAUUUAUUACUUACUAUAAUGCAUUUAAAUACUUUUGCAUUUAAAAUAGUUGUUUUUUUAUUCAUUAAUAUUUUUAUUAAUUUUAUUCCAAUUAACAAAAAUGAGUACUUUUUUAAACGUAGCAUUAG